GCAAAAACAUGGCGACAAAAGCUUCUUUUCCCCCUCAUCCUUUUAGCACAGGUGUACAAAACCUCUUCUCUAUAUAAUUCAACUCAUAGGUGUCUGUGUUCGUCAAAACUCAUAGGUGUCUCUCUUCCUCAUCUCCUUCUUGAUGGGUUCCAGUGAAGUCUCUCUUGAAGUUCCUCCAUACGCGCGAGUACUCAAAGAUGGAACAAUUGAGAGACUUGCCGGAACCCAAGUUGUUCCGGCCGGGUUAGACCCUCAAACCGGAGUUUUGUCCAAAGACAUCGUGAUUUUCCCACAAACCGGUGUCUCAGCUAGACUUUACCGACCAAAUAUCACCGCUACCGACCAAAAGCGUCCUCUGAUCGUUUACUAUCAUGGCGGAGCUUUUUGCAUAGCUUCAGCUGCCGACCCACUCUACCACAACUGCCUUAACAUGCUUGUUGCUGAGGCCAGAGCCAUUGCUGUUUCUGUUAAUUACAGAUUAGCCCCUGAGCAUCCACUGCCGAUUGCCUAUGAGGAUUCUUGGGCAGUGCUUCAAUGGGUUUUUGGUGGUGAAGAUCGUGACGAUUGGGUUAAGGAUCAGGUCGAUUUUGAGCGAGUGUUCUUGGUGGGAGAUAGUGCUGGGGCUAAUAUUGCGCACCACUUGGCCUUGCGGGUCAAGAAGUCCGACCCGGAUCCGAAGCUGAAGAUUGCUGGGAUUGGGCUGAUCCAUCCUUAUUUCUGGGGGAAAGAUCCGAUUGGCCGGGAGGUCGCGGACUCGUUCAGGAAGUCAAUGGUGGACACGUGGUGGAAUUUCGUCUGCCCAUCCGAGAAAGGGGGCGAUGACCCGCUUAUCAACCCGUUUCUUGACGGAGCCCCGGGUCUGGAGGGGUUGGCUUGUGGUAAGGUGCUUGUUCUUGUUGCAGGAAAUGACAUAUUGAGGGACAGAGGGAGGCUUUAUUAUGAUGAAAUGGUGAAGAGCAACUGGGCAGGAAGCAAAGAGUUGAUUGAAACAGAAGGGGAAGACCAUGUGUUCCAUAUCUUCAAUCCCAAUUGUGAAAAGGCCAAGAGCUUAAUCAAGCAUUUGGGUUCUUUCAUAAACCAAAACUAGUGCAAAUUCAAUGGAAGAAGAGGUGGAAAGGAGGUUGCUUUUUGGACAAAGUGAUCUUUAUGAAAAAAUAAUGUAUUGAAAGAAAAUUUUCCGGGGUUGGAUUCCUUGUCAUUCUUGAAUAUGCUAAUAUUCCAAUGUACUUGUUCAUACUGUUUCUAGGUUUUUGGUGGUAUUCAACUCGUAAGCUGAUUGGCCUUGCAUAUGCAAUAAACAGUUGCAAUUUCAGUAGUCUA